UUAAGCUAAAUUGUUGUUUGUUUGUCAAGAUGGAUCAGUUUGAUGUGCCUAAAGCUAUAAAUCGUCAUGUCUAUAAGGCGUUAAUUUACUUGCAAUCGAGUGAAUCAGCAUUUUUAACUGAAGAAGUGAUUGGUCAACAGGUGAAACGACAGUGGCGUCGGAAUAAGCCAACCCCCAAUAUGGAUGAGUCCAUACAUAAGUCACUAUCGAAUCUGACGGAUCUAGGGAUACUCGCAUGCACCGGGUCCUCGAGCUAUGCCGUUCGACAUACCAUCAAAGGUGUGGGUCAAUCAAAUAAUCAGAUAGUGCAGCCAAAUCCCAAGAUAAAAUCUGUAAAGUCACUCCGUGGGAUCAAUAAGAAUAAAAAUGUGAUAAAACGGCGGAGUUCCAUAAUGAAGCCAAAACGGAUCUCGCUACUGAGUUUUCCCAAUCUGGAUACAUUUGUUGUAUGCAAAGAAUGCAUUCCUGUUGUAAGAAGAUUCACAGGUACAUAUGAAAACCUGAAGGUUGCACACUUCAGUUCAAAGGUGAAGUCCAUACUUGACGGGGUUAAUAACCCUUUCUGCCUUACCGAGGCUGACCCACUUAAUGAGACUUCUGCUGGAGGUCAAGACGAUCAAGAGAUGGGUGACUGACCUAUAGGAUCAAUGAAUGACAGAUCUUAAAAUAAAUUAUCUAUUAAUUUAAAUUAAAUUAAAAUGUUCAAGUAAUUACAA